UUUCCCCCUCUCAUUGUCCCUGUCCUGGAAAAUUUGAGGGCCAUUUUUCUUCCUCGAAAAAAAGGCAUCACCUGAGCUGUUUAUUGAAGUUUUUGUGAAACCGUUUUAGAUCCCAAUGAGCCUGAGUGGUUUUGGGGGAGUCUGUGGAUAUCCUCUGGGGAAAGAAGGGCAAGCACCUCACCCUGGAUGUAUCAUCAGGACAGACCGCCUGCAAUGGUAGAUGAUGUCAGCCAAGAGGUCAUGCCAGGGAGCCCUGAGAACAUCCCCCUGGGAGAGUGCCACGCUCUCCCAGUCCAGGGACCAGCUCACACCCCGAGCCGCACUGCGAGCACCGUGUUCAGCCUAUCCCGCAGUGAGUCUGUCUGGACUACAGAGAACUCCCCCAAGAAGUCUGAAGUCUUUUGGUUCCCCAUCCACCUCAUGUCCACCGGGGGCAGCUUCCUGGCAUGUGGCAUCAUCAUCAGUGGCCUGUACUUUGCCGGCCACUGCCGGAAAGUCACCAACAUCCUGGGACCGGCCCUGCUGUCCAUUGGAUUGAUGGUUUUUGUGGUGGGCGUGGUCCUGAUUCCUAACAAAGAGAACAGGAAGCGGUCUAAGAUGAAGAAGCCCGUCAGUUACUACAGGCCUCCGGCAUUCAAUCUGUGAUGACGCUUUCAACAAAACUUUAUGUUUGGACGUAAUUCAAAAGAAACUUGAAGAACGCACUGAAAUGAAGUCAAUAAUUUCAGCUCUGUGGAAAAUAAUUAUUAAAAGGCUGUGUGGUAA